AUGGACCUUGUAUUCUCGAAGAAGUACCAACCCGUGCCUAAAGCUGAACCUGACGACGAUGCUGGUAGCGAUACCACUGUGACAAAUCGCCGCCGACGGCGUCACCCAACCUCGCUCUUUCCCAAGCGAAACCUAGCCGCAAUUACUAUCAGCAGUCUCCUGCUCGUCCUGAUACUUCUCGUCUUCACCAUGAUUGCUAUCCUCACGUUUGAACCUCUGCGUGAAGUAAUCAUCGUCAAAUCAUCCCCACUCAAGUCAGCUGCAUGGCAUGGCCAGCGACAAUGUCUCCCAACAACUCCCCGAAGGACUCUCUCCUGCGGCAACUCCACAACGGAAGCCUAA